AUGUUUCAAUUUCAAUCCUCCGUAUUUCUUUGCUGUUGUGGGAACAUAAAGUCACAUUUUCAACCUAACCCGCCUUUUACCACUCUGUUUCUCAUUGGACAAGAGAGAAAUACAAGUAGAAGUAGAAGCAGCAGCAAAAGUAGAAAGUUUCAAGGACAAAGAUUUCUAGCUAUAUUUCUAGCUAUUUUGAAACUUAAUUCCAUUAAAAGAAGAAAAGGAAAUCUUCCGAAUUCCUCAGUAAAAUUUAUAAUUGAAUUAAAGUAUGUAAGAGGUUUAUACGGACUAUUAGUAGAUGCAGACAAUCAUACGCAGCGUCUUGUAGAAAGUUUGAUCGAUUUCGAAAUAUUCCUAUCUCAAGAAGAUAUCUAUUGUUACAGAUACAUGGCUUUUGUACAAGAAAGUCUGGUGCUAGAAGAGUUUAAAAUGAGAAAGAGAGCUAGUUUAAUAGGGUUCAUUUUUAAAUAUUUAAACUUUCAUAUGUUGCUGGGCUUACCAACUGAACUUAUUCACCAUGUACUUGGAAUGCUUCCUCGUCAUUCCAUUGCCAAACUUAGUCUAGUUUCGAAAGCCAGUUAUUACACCUGCCUACCAGUACUCUAUAGUCAUCUCCAACUAGGAUUGCGAAUCCCCAUUCAACAGUUAGACGUUGGCUUAACCAGGAAUCUCUAUCUCAAGGAUAUUGUCGAACGCUACACCAGAACACUAACAAUAAUAUGCAGACAGGGUACCGGGUACUCACUCACUAAAGACUUGAAAACUCUCUUGAGCAAGUUAACAAGUAUACAUACCCUGAUAUUUGUUGAUUUCGAUGCAUUACCAGUGGAGAACGUAAGACAGCUUGCGGCAGUAUUACCCCUCGUUGAAAGUAUCCAGUUCCGUUAUUGCCAUCUUAUUGUAUCGAGUAGCCACAGGAUGAGUACCCAUCUAAGGCCUGCUAUGCUUUUAACAGCACGCUCUCUUCAACCCCAGCUACAAUCAUCAUCUGAACACAUCUUUCAAAAAACAACUUGCUUGACUUUGUUUUGGACCGACUUUAGCGAGCCUGCGAUCCUAGAAUUAUUUUGCGCUCUUCCUCGUCUCCUGUGUGCCAAUCUAGGAGCAAACCACAAUAGGACAUUUACUGCAAACGAUUAUGCAGUAUCUGUACUUGGACGGAAUUGUCCAGACAUCACUUCUCUUUCAGUGUCUUUACAGCAGGUUCGGGAGGAGAGUCUGUGUAAUCUGAUUGCCUGCUUUGGUCGGCAGUUGCGGGAUCUUUCUAUUCGUUGUGAUACUCCGCGCACGCUUGAUGUUAUAGCUGCCCAUGCGAGCCAGAUAAAACACCUUUCCGUCAGAGCAGUACCGUCUGUUCCUACCCAAGACACACAUUUCCAACAGCGAAGAACACCUAUGGACCAACUUGAGAAUGAAUCUCCUGAAGAAACACCUGAAACAAUUGAGAAGAGAUCUCAGAAUAACAUGGUCGAGAUCUUGCAUAGAUGUCAAGGUCUCGUUCAAUUGGAGAUGAUUGCUUGGAGAACACAAGAGAUACCCAGCAUUGUGUGGGAAGCAAUUAAAGCCGUGGCUCAAAGACGCCAGGGUCGUGACCUCAAGGUCCAAUUAGAAAUUGAUGAACCCAAAGCCAAAAGAAAAACGGAUCUGAUAAAGAAGAGAGGGUCGCCAAGGAUGAGAUCUUUGUAUAACGUGGCAGAUAUUCCUCCUGCUUCAGACGACGGCGUCUCGUGGUUGUAUCCUCUCAACUCACGUAGGUACAGACACCAAGACCAAGGGGUCCCCAUAAAGAAUCUUAAGAGGAAACAAUCUCUUUCGAGAAAUAUUACACUUCGUAUAGAAGAACUCCAAGAAAUUCGAAAACAAUUGAUUCCCCUGAGAGCCAACGUUGAUACGUCCCUACUUUAAAGAAAGAAAAGGAUCAAAUCAAAGUACACGCACAUACAAACACAAACACACCUAUAUCUAUCUAUCUAUAUAUAUAUAUAUUUUAAAUAGUCUUCUCUCUUAAACUCUCUCUUACAUUCACUUUAAAUAAUUCGUUGCAUUGACUAUUGUGUUACAACACAGAUUUUACAUCACUCUAAUUUUGAAACACCCUUUUUUCAAAUUCCCUUUUUUUAUAUAUAUAUAUAAACAACAGCAACAAAAUGAUAUUAAUAUUAAUAUAUAAAUAUGAAUAUGAAUAUGAACAAAAAAAUGCACAUUUAUUAAUAUGACUAUAAAUAUAUAAAGUAUUCUGUUAAAAGG